GGUAUGAUAAGACAGGGUCGCCUGGGGCAUGCCACGGUGACGUCAGCUGACAUAGUGGAGUUAUCUCAACAGCCAUGAAGUUCCUUGUGCUCGGUGUGUCUGUUAUCCUCGCUUUUGGGGUCGUCAGCAGCGAACGGUGCAGCGGCAGUGACGCCAGCACCUGCUCCCGAGAGAAGUGCGACACCAACUACCAGCUAUCAUGCGUCAAUGAUGAGUGCACCUGCCUCGUCUCUGCUUGCUUCACCGGCCAACAAUCGUGCCACGCCCACGUUGACCACUGCAACCAUGCCGCCGCUGCUGUCGGAUGUCGCUGUCAACACAGGUGGCACUGUUUAGACCACCGUUGUUACUGUGGAGGAAGUACUUAAACGAGGUCGCAGUUCAUCACCAAAUACAUUUCUGUUGUUCAAGAGAUAGAAUAAAAGACGUUUUAGA